AUGGCGGUAAAGUCGAAAGCUCGUGUGGUGAUCGCCCGUCUGGUAUCGACAGCGGGUACAGGUUUCAUGUACACCACACGCCGAACAAGAGUAGCAGAAAGGCUCAGCAUGAUGAAGUACGACCCUAAAGUCCGAAAGCACGUCCUCUUCAAGGAAACAAAAGGAUCGAAAUGA